AUGCUAGAACUGGUGAUCUCACCCAGCCUCACUGGAAACAGCGAUUGUCCGGGUAAACCGAAGCUUAACCGCGCUGACGCCGAUGUCUGGACUCUGAGUGACAUAGAAGGCAUCACCACAUCGGCCUCUCCGAGUGUGUCUCAGCUUUUCGCAAGACCUUGCCCACACAUCCUGCCCAGCCAGCCUGCCACGGCCAUGGCAGCCUACGGCCAGACACAGUACAGUGCGGGGAUCCAGCAGGCUGCCCCCUACACCACCUACCCACCUCCAGCACAAGCCUAUGGAAUCCCUUCUUACAGCAUCAAGACAGAAGACAGCUUGAACCAUUCCCCCAGCCAGAGUGGAUUCCUCAGCUACGGCUCCAGCUUCAGCACCCCACCCACUGGACAGAGCCCGUACACCUACCAGAUGCACGGCACGGCGGGGAUCUACCAAGGAGCAAAUGGCCUGACCAAUGCGGCCGGAUUCGGAAGUGUGCACCAGGACUAUCCUUCCUACCCCGGCUUCCCUCAGAGCCAGUAUUCCCAGUAUUACAGCUCAUCCUACAGCCCUCCUUACGUCCCGGCCAGCAGCAUCUGCCCUUCUCCCCUCUCCACAUCCACCUAUGUCCUCCAGGAGGCAUCUCACAGCGUCCCCAACCAGAGUUCUGAGUUGCUUGGUGGGGAAUAUAACACGCACAACGAUCCCUCCACGCCAGCGAAAGAGGGAGACGCAGACAGGCCGCACCGGGCCUCCGACGGGAAGCUCCGAGGCCGCUCCAAGCGGAGCAGUGACCCAUCCCCAGCAGGGGACAAUGAGAUCGAGCGUGUGUUCGUGUGGGAUUUGGAUGAGACAAUAAUUAUUUUUCACUCCUUACUCACCGGGACUUUUGCAUCCAGAUACGGGAAGGACACCACGACGUCGGUGCGCAUCGGCCUGAUGAUGGAAGAAAUGAUCUUCAACCUUGCAGAUACACAUCUGUUCUUCAACGACCUGGAGGAUUGUGACCAGAUCCACGUUGACGAUGUCUCAUCCGAUGACAAUGGGCAGGACCUAAGCACGUACAACUUCUCCACCGACGGCUUCCACAGCUCGGCCCCGGGAGCCAACCUGUGCCUGGGCUCCGGCGUCCACGGCGGCGUGGACUGGAUGAGGAAGCUGGCCUUCCGCUACCGGCGGGUGAAGGAGAUGUACAACACCUACAAGAACAACGUCGGUGGCUUGAUAGGAGCUCCCAAAAGAGAGACUUGGCUACAGCUCAGAGCUGAACUGGAAGCUCUGACCGACCUCUGGCUGACCCACUCUCUGAAGGCGCUCAACCUCAUCAAUUCCCGGCCCAACUGUGUCAACGUGCUGGUCACUACCACUCAGCUAAUCCCUGCCUUAGCCAAAGUCCUGCUGUAUGGACUGGGUUCCGUGUUUCCUAUUGAGAACAUCUACAGUGCAACCAAGACAGGGAAGGAGAGCUGUUUCGAGAGGAUAAUGCAGCGAUUCGGCAGAAAAGCCGUCUACAUCGUGAUCGGUGACGGCGUGGAAGAGGAGCAGGGGGCAAAGAAGCACAACAUGCCUUUCUGGCGGAUAUCCUGCCACGCCGACCUGGAGGCGCUGAGGCACGCGCUGGAGCUCGAGUAUUUAUAGCAGAAGCCACGGCCUCGCCACCUGCCGUCGCGGGCGCAUCCCACCCCCUCGCAGGCUCUCGCCUUCCCCGCCUGCCCGCCAGAUGCUGGACGCCGGGCAGGGUCCCUGCGGCCGAGAGGACGUGCCUGGCGACCAUCUCAGCGGCUGUCCUUUUAGUCCAAGCGCGGGUCCUGAGACGCAGAGUACCCCCCCGUGGCUUUUGGGAAUAUUUAACUUUGGAGAAAAGGGCUGGCUCGGAGUCCAGGCUUUUCCACAAGACUCAACAGAACAAAAGCGAAGAAUUGCUGAUUUGGGGGAGGGCUGGUGAUGAGGAGGGGACAGGCUUGGGUUUGUCUGUUUUUUGGGGUUUUUUUUUUUCCUUUUUAAUUUAUGGACUAAUCUCAUUACUCCGGUAUUAUGCUCUCGUACCUGUGUUGUUGGUUUUCUUAGUCGUUGGUUUGGUUUGGUUUUCUAACCUGGCAUGUGGGGCGGUGCAGUUCUCAUUUAAGCACUCUCUGCUCCAAGUUGUGCUCUGGGGGGACAAUCAUUCUCUGAACAAUUGGUGAGGGAGGCGAUUCGGGGCUGAUGGGAAGACUAUUGCUUACUUUUGUUUUUAAGGACCUAACCUGACGUCAUGUGGACAGUGCACGUGCCUUAUGCUGCCAUCUUGUUUUCUAGGAAGAGGGGACCCUGGGGAGGCAGCGGUACUUUGUGACAGAUAAAAGGCAUUAAAUAAAACCACGUUUACAUUUUGAAGUGGGGUAGGGUGUCCCUGCUUUAUGACCACUCUUGAGGCUUCCAUUAGAGGUACUAACAGAUUUUCAGCCAUCCACACAGAGGAGGUUUGGGUGAAACAGACCUGCCCCUUAGUCCUGAAAUUAGCUACCCAGGUGGUCAACGACUUUUCUCUUGUGAGGACUAAAUGUCCAGCGCUGGUUCUGAGGGAAGCUAGUAGUCCACAGUCUGUAAGUGUUUUAGCCUGAAUUCUAGAGGACGCAGAGCUCCCGGUGGUCAAGGAUAGUGUCUUCCUCAUUCUGUAUACUCAGUACCCGUAACAGUCUGACGCAGAUAUGGCACUAAAUGAAGGCUGAAGGAUGGAUGGACAGGAUGGACGGACAGACAGAUGGUCAGACAGAUGGA